UCCUCCUCGUGGGCGAAACCCAGAUCCCACAGAUCCGGGUGGCCAUGGGGGACGGCCGCCGCCGCCGCCGCCGCCGCAAGAAUUCCCGGCGGGUACCCGCGCGGGAGGGAGAUAUUGACGACGUUCCGGGCGAGGUUCUCGAGCUGGUGUUCCUGCGCCUCCCCUCGCCUGCCCACCUCAUCCGUGCCGCGCGCACCUGCAAGCGAUGGCGCAACGUAAUCGCGGGCGACGGCGGCGGCUUCCUCCGCCGGUUCGGCUCUCUCCACGGCGCGUCGUCCGACCACGUUGUCGGCCACUACCGCGUCAACGAGCGCCACGGCCACCCGCGUCCGCCUGGCCUGAACCCCGUAUUCGUCCCGUCCUCCUCCUCUUCCUCGCCGUGGGCGGACGCCGUCGCCGCUCGGAACCUCGCGCUCGACUUCCUCCCGCGGGGGCAGUUUGGCGAUUGCGGCUGGGAGCUCGCCGACAUCCGGGGCGGCCUGCUGCUCCUCUUCCACUCGGAGCUGGCGCCAGGCCUCCUCAUCUGCGAUCCCCUGAGGCGACGCUACAGGGAAAUCCCUCGCUCGGCGUGGUUCCACGGCUGCCACAUGCUGGGCGCUUUCCUCCUCGACGGCGAGGACGAGGACGCGGCCGCGGGCAUCAGCCUGGCAAACUUCAGGGUGACGUGCGCGCUCUUUCGCUUUGGGGACCGCAACGCCAGGGCCUGCGCCUUCUCGUCUGCCGGCGGCGGCUGGACCUCCGGGGCCGCACGUAGCAGCACACCAGUCUGCCGCGACAGGGAGUUCGCCCCCAUCUAUUUCGCAGGGAGCACCAAACGGGCCGCCUACUGGACGGUCGGAGACAACGUUGUUCUUGCUCUGCACAAGGACAACGCCGAGCUCUUCUCUGGUGUCGUGCUGGGCGACGCACAGUACGCCCUGCUCCGGGACAAGCGCCAUGCCACGGAGUACGCGUACCAGCUGCCAUGGCCACCUACGAUCGAAGCUUGCGUAACCUAGCUGCAUUGGUGGGCUGUGGACAGGCCAUGGCGUCGUCGUCCCAGGUUCUCAAUUCCUCAAGUUGCCGUUUAUCGUGAUGAUCCUAGCUAGAGGACCAUGUGUGCCUGCCCAUAGGCAUCAAGUGGCAAACAAUUUCAGAUGUUUACAAGUUCAGUUCGUUGGAUUGUUUCUUGUUGCUGUUUUGAACGUUUAUCUGUUCUUCAGAUUACUUUCAUAAACUUGAAACUGUUUGUAUCUGUUUUGAACAUUAGUCUGGUCUUCAGGAUACUUUCAUAAAAUUGAAAUUGCUUGUUUUGGAGAAGCUCA